GCUGCUGCCGAGGCUGCCCUGCAAGUCUGCAACAGAACACUCCAAAGGUCGCCUGCACCGAACCGGGCGUACCCGAACCGGAGCAAAUCUUCGGCGAAGUCGAGCCGAAGCGGUCGCGGCGGAGGAGGGAGGCGCCAGCGAUAGUAGGAAGGAAGGGGGGAGUAGAAGAUGGAUCCGGAUGAGGUGAAGUCGAAGCUCCAGGGCCUGGCCUUCGGCAACGUCCUGGCCGCCGCCGCCCGCGACUACAAGAAGGAAGUUAUAGCUAAAGAGAAGGCUCAAGCAACACCUGCAAUCCAUGAUGAAGUUGAUCUUGACGAGUUAUUGGAUGACCCAGAGCUUGAGAAAUUGCAUGCAGAAAGAAUUGCUGCUCUGAAGAAAGAGGUUGAGAAGCGUGAAGUGCUAAAGAGGCAAGGUCAUGGUGAAUACAGGGAGAUAACUGAAGGAGACUUCCUAGCAGAGGUCACUCGUGGUGACAAAGUUAUCUGUCAUUUCUACCAUCGUGAAUUUUACCGCUGCAAGAUCAUGGAUAAGCAUUUGAAGGCCCUUGCACCUGUCUACUUGGGGACAAAAUUCGUCAAGCUUGAUGCCGAAAAUGCUCCCUUCUUCGUGGCAAAGCUGGCAAUCAAAAUGUUGCCCUGUGUUAUAUUGUUCAAGAAGGGUAUUGCUAUUGAUCGGUUAGUCGGGUUUGAUGACCUUGGAAGCAAAGAUGAUUUUUCUACCAGGGCAUUGGAAAACGUACUCAAGAGGAAAGGUAUUAUCGAGGAAAAGAAGAAAGACGAGGACGAUGAAGAUGAUGAGACCGACAUGUCAAAAAACAGGAGGGUUAGAUCUUCAACCGCUCACGAUUCGGAUUCAGAUUGAGUAUGAAGCCGAGGAUCAUAUCUUCUGUAACAUUAAGUUUGUCCGUUUUGUACUCUAGAUCUCAAAUGCUCUUUACGAUUUAUGUUGUUCUGUAUUGUAUCAAACAACAGAACUGGAUACGCGGUGGCUGGAUGUACAAGUGAUUUGCUAGUAGCUCUAGUUUUGUGUGAGGUGGGAUAUAGUUCAUCAACUAGUAACCGUGUAACGAAUAAUUCCAAAUUAACACAAUUCCAAGUAACCCCCACUGGGGACUUUACAAAUUA